GCGCGGACUAGGCUCCAUAUUACGCCUUUUACGGCCGAGUUGUUGAAAAGCUAUAUACCCCCGACCGUCCUUCAGUCUGCGACCAAUAUCUCGUUUCAUACUGUCGAGACUUUCCCAGAGAAGGGCUUUGGCUACAUCGAAUUGCCGACUAUGGAGGCACAAAAGCUGAAGAAGAAGCUGAAUGGGUCUAUAUUGAAGGGGUCUAAAGUGCGCAUCGAGGAAGCGAAGCCGGAGAAGAGGAAGAAGGCGGACAAGGACGGUGCGGCCGCCAAAGAGGAGGACAGACCGGCGAAGCGCCCGAAGAAAGAGAAACGAACGCAGGACGUGAUGGAGGGCAUUGAGUUGCCUGAUCAGAGGAAGAUCAAGCGUGGCUGGACGGAAGUACCGGGGCAUGGGAAGAAUAAGGCGGAUAAGAAGAGCAAGAAAGAUAAGAAGGAGAAGGCGAAAGAGUCGCAGUAUCUGAAGGAGCCGGAGAUGCUGUUCAAGGCGAAGCUGACACCUACAGCUGCUGCCGCCGAGAGUGCGGCGAAGGCUAAAAAGAGCAAGGCUGAGGGCAAAGAAAAGAAAACUUCGAAGUCAAGUCGAGAAGUGGUAGUACAUGAAUUUACGAAGACUAGCAAACACGCAAGUUUCCUUAAGAGCAGUGCGGUUGCUACGGAGAGCAAGCCAGCCACGGAGUAUAUCAAUGGGAAAGGAUGGGUGGACGAGGAUGGCAAUGUUGUUGAAGCUGAGACUGGGAAGGCUAAGAGGGCACGAAUAGUUGGCCUGGCAGAGGCAGCUACACAAGAGAAUACAACAAAGCUGGCUAAGGUCCCCACGAAACCCCUUCGAAAUAUCACUCUUACACCUCCCUCGCCUUCAGUAGAGGUUAAGAUUAGUUCUAAGGAAGUACACCCUCUCGAAGCUCUCUUCAAGCGUCCUAAGCCUCCAGCCAUUACAACAGCCGCGACAACGCCCUUACGCCUCGCGCCCAUUACCACGUCCUUCAGCUUCUUUGACGAUGAUGUGAAGGAUGCCCAAGACGGGGAUGGGGACACAUCAAUGCAGGAUCCACAUACGCCUUUCACGCGACAGGAUCUGGAUUGGCGAGAAAUGAGAAGUGCGGCACCCACGCCUGACACGGCUGCCAUUGGCCGCGGAUUCUCAUUCCCGUGGGGACGUGAUAAGAGCGAAGGAGAGGACGAGGAGGACGUUGAUGCUGGGGCCGAGUUGAAGGAUAACACGAGAGCCAAUGCGGCGCUGCAUGCGAUAAGUGAAGAAGAAAUGGGGCAAGGGGAAGAGGAGAGCGAAUUCUCGAAAUGGUUCUGGGAGCAUAGAGGGGAGAACAACCGCGCGUGGAAAAAGCGGAGACGAGAUGCUUUGAAGGUGGAGCGGCAGAGGGAGAACAGACGGACGGGGAGGAAAGUG